GGCGUUUCACCCAUUAAAGGAAGAUCCUUUUUUGGCAGAGAAGAGAUUAAAAAAAAACCAAGUUUUCUCCUUUUUAUCAAUGGCGGAUUCGGGUAAACUAGAGAGCGGAGGAGCCGCCGUAAUAGGCGACAUUGGAGUUGAAGGCGGCGGCGCGGCGGUGGAAGAGAGGGAGAUGCUAGCGGAGUUGGAAGGCAUAUCUGUGUUGGAUUUCGAUCUGCUUUGCUCGACGGUGGCGCUUCAGACUCAGGGGAAGUGGAGGAAACUCGAGAGCUCCGACGGAGAAGAUGAUGAAUACGGCGGCGGCGUCUUACGCCUUUGGGAAGGCGAUGUUAUGGACUGCCUCGAGGAUCGUCGUCUCUGGAUCGAAUCCGCUUGCUGUCCGUGCUACAGAUUCGGGAAGAACAUGACAAGAACCGGUUUCGGUUCUUGCUUUCUUCAGGGUGCUGUUCAUAUGAUUCUUAUCAUCGGUCUCCUAUUCAAUGUUGCAGCUUUUGCUGUAACAAAAAGGCAUUACUUUCUCUAUCUGGCUGUUGCUUUCGUCCUCUUGAUUGCUUCCUACUUGGGUUUCUUCCGUAUGCAGAUAAGAAGGAAGUUUAACAUUAGAGGUGCUGAUAGUUUAUUUGACGAUUGCAUCCACCAUCUCAUGUGUCCGUUUUGUACAUUAACUCAGGAAUCGAAAACACUGGAGAUAAACAACGUCCAUGAUGGUAUCUGGCAUGGUCGAGGAGACACGCUAUGCAUAGGCGGCUAUCCCGAAGGAAAAUCUUUGCUUGAGCUGCAUUCUCCUCCAGUUAUUGUAUCAACAAUGUCAUCUGAACCCUAAAAACCCGACGUAGACGAGAGAGUAUAUACUGAGACAAGCUCUGUGCCUCCAUAGGCAUUGGUAUCAUCAUCAUCAGCUGUGGUGUGUUCACCAUUGACACGCAUAAUCAUUUCAGAAGAAAACUUUCAUGUUUGUUUUUUUCGAAACUGUGAUAUAUAUAUAGCAAACAUGGAAGUUCGAUUUGAAAGGAGAAACAUUGAGAACCUACUUGUAUGCUAAUAGUGUGUUGUAGUGCCAGUUAUCUGUGUAUAUAGCCACCUAAUUUGUAUGAUAAUAUAUUUGAUGAUGAUGGUCACA